AAGUGUACCAAAAGGUGAACAAAAGCGUCGCCGCUUUGGAAUACUUUACGUGCAAUGAGUGGCGCUUUCGGGUCGAGCAGUGGCGCCAUCUCUCGGACUCGCAGUCGGCCGCCGAUCGCCACGACUUCCCGAUCGACAUUCGGGCCGUCGAUUGGAAGCAAUACUUGGAGUCUUAUAUCCGCGGAAUUCGCGUCCAUUUGUUGCGCGAAUCGGAGGACUCUUUGCCCGAAGCGCGACUCAAAGUCAAACGGUAACUCUACAUUUGGA